AGUGAUCGGGCCGUCGACAGCUUGAAGGCCACAGUUUCAGUGGCGUACAUGGAGGGGAUAAGCGGUCUUCGCGCUGUGCUCUGGCGAGCAGCAAGGAACAUACCUGGAAACUUACAUUAACCAGAUUACUUAUCAUAAAACGACUUAUCGCCGGUGAUCCGAAACAGAUGUAAAUGUACAAGACUACAUGUAGGUGCACAGAGACUUUUGUCAGUCUCAGAUGAACUCUUACAGAAGUGAAUGGGAUGUCGCAUAGUCAACCUCAGGUAGAAAUUGGCUUCUUGUAAUCCGGCUAGAACCUCCAUUUGAGAAACAACACACGGUACCUUAACGUGGCUCUAAGAACGUACGAUGGACGGCUCGGUUCAUUGUCAACCAACAAGAGGUUGAGGGGCUAAGGAGACAAUGCAAAGCAGUAGUCGAGAUGGACGGACCUGGUUUGUUGGCCGUGACAAGCAAAUCAUACAGUGUACUUGGAGAGCGACACGGCUUUCAGGUUGGUGGGAAUAGAGUGCUGACAAGGUCACCACACGCUCAGGGCUACACUGUUUUGAUGUAGAUAAACGCGACCAUUGAAACGCUCGGAAACGGUUACCCGUAGGAUUUUUGCGUUACUCCUUGCUGCUGUCAUGGGAAGUAUCAUAAUGCGGUGUUUGUGAACAACCGAGUCAGAUAGAACUUCGGAAUGUUGAACGUGUUCAUUCAAGGACAUGUUGUUCGGAAAACAUCUUCUAAAUGUCUCAACACUACGAUGAAUCUAAGAUUGUUCUUUUCUUGGAUACCGGUAUACUCUUUAAUUUCAGACAAGAGAACAUAGUGUGAUGAUGCUAGUUUGCUCAAUAAGCGUCAGUACAUGGAAUAUAUACCUUGAGAGCUCAGGGGUUAGAACCAGGAUAGUUAUCCAAUCCUAAGUGUUUUCAGAGUUGGGGGAAAACGCCCCUGAGUGAUGAGGAUAACCCUCAGUAUUUAGCUCCUCCUACAGACGACAUGUUCAGCUGUGCUCCGCCUUAUGUGAACAACAGUGUCUACGCCAAGCCGGAGUGUACUCCAUUCAACACUUCCACCGACAUGGACACCAUUCGGAGCAUCCAAGACCUGCAGUACGUGUCCAUGGCGUUCAGUGCAGUGAUCGCUGUAGUUAGUGCCGUCGGGAACAGUGUUAUGAUUUGCGCCAUUGUUCGGCGGAAAUUGCUCGGCCGGUCUACAUGCAUUUUCGUCUUCUCUAUCUCCAUGGCCGAUGCGGUGGCGGGGGGCGUUGGGCUCCCUGGAGACAUUCUGGUUCUGUUCUCGGUCAGCCAGUUGGCCUCUUACCUGUGCAAGUUACACCUUUACGUAUCCUGCUUCGCAAAGACGGCCGUGUUCUAUACGUUGUGUGCCAUGGUGUCGGUGCGGGCGUACUCUACGUUUAGUGGAGGGAAGAGAACAGUAACAGCAGGCCGAUGUAUGUUCUUCAUCAGUCUUAUAUGGUUCUUCUCUACAGCCUACAACAUAUGGUCCGUAGUCAUCUACGAUUCCUACAGCAUAUCAGUCACCUCUUGGGACCGAGAUCUUACCUUCACGGAAAAGACAUCAAUCUGUUUAAAUACAUAUCGCUUUAAGUACCUGGCUAAUAUUUUCACUUAUCUCGACCUGACCGUGAUAUACGCAGUGCCUAUUCUCUUUGUCAGUAUUCUUAUUGCCUCGUCCAUGCACAAGUACAACGCCCAAAGUUCGUCCUUGUUUCACUUUCCAGGCAAUUUUAGUCGGUUCCGAUUGCCUAUGCUUUUAUCCAUUGUGUUUGUUCUCUGUCAGGCUCCUUGGGAAAUUGUCCACUUCUUAGUGGUAGAAGUACACAGGAUAUCGUGGACGUCAAUAUUUCUGUUACGGUUUGUGACUUUACUGUCCUAUUCGCGGGGUUGCCUGAACCUCGUGGUGUACCUGUGUUUCAGACAAUACGUAUACAGGAAGCGGAGACAAAGUCAAAGGCUGAAAAGCACCAAACAGACGUUAGCUCUGCCGCCAAUUGUUAGCCAUAGGAGAGUUGUACAGAGAUUUAACUCUCGUGUGUAACAGUAAUUGUCGGAUUAAGUAAAUCACCGUUGCUUUAACACAGAGCUAUGCAACGUAAACUUAAGCCAGUUUAUGCCAUUGUUGCAUUCGUGUGCAAACGGUAACUGUUGAUUAGACAUGUAAGUGGGAUUAAGACUUUAAUACCGCUCUCGUAUUGUCCCGUUUUGCCAACCACCUCCUGUUACCAAGUAAAGCACAGGACAAAACAUAUAAAGAAACCUUCAGGUGUUCAAACAGCAAUUAGCUAACUGAGAGCUCAAAUUGCUCGUCACGUGAGAAACAAUUCCGAUGAAAAAUAAGAAUCGUUUUCAACAGUUUUCAAGUAACUGGUAAAGUGGGUCAAUACAAGUUACGGACAAUACAAAAUUACGGACAGUACAAGUUACAAACAAUACAAGUUACG